AUGGCCGGGUCUGAAGAGGACUGCUUCUGCAAGGGGUCGAUCCCAGUGAGGAAGACCUGCCUGUUGAUGAUGAAGCUGUUGCGCAGCAUGACGAUGGAUUUCAGACGUGAGGUCUUUGAAGGGAUUGCCCGGGAGAUGGACACGGAUGUGGACUCGUUGUUCUCUCUGUAUCACAAGAUCUGCAUCAGCAAAAAGUUGGCUCGACGGCUUGGAUGUCCUGACGCGAUCGACAAGAGAGAACGACUUCGGCGAGGACAGAAGAAAAGAAAUCGAGAGAGGUCGGCGCAGCGGUCUAUCAAGAGGGAAGCUCGAAUGGUGUCUGAAGAGGAACAAGAGGCCAAAGACACAAAGGACGCCGAAACGGGGAUCGACGAAGAAGAAGCAGCAGCAACGGUGACAAUUGGUGUCCCGACUAUCAAAGAACAGGACCACGAGGGCCUUGAAGCAAGAGAGUAUAGUGGCCUGGCCCAAUACUAUGGAGGUUCUUCGCUGCUUGACCAACACCAACGAUUCCCGUUUGAAGCUGAUGACGGCGAGUUGAUCCAUGAGUUGGACGAGGACAAUCUUCCCUGA